CGUAAAUAGUCUUGUUAUAUUUUUACGAUUUGCAUUAUAAUACGUUUUAUGUGAUAAACUAAAACAAAGAAUUGAAUUUUUUUUAUCUGUAUUAAAGUUAUUGGAUGCAAUGGAAGGUUUCCCAAUUGUACAAACUCAUUCGGUGAUUGAAGAAAGGAAAAUUAUAUAUGAAUGGAAAAUACAUGAUUUUUUUUGGAUUACGCAAAUUGUCUUUAAGAACAGAGCGAACAGUACAAUCCAAUCACCAGUUUUUUUUUCACCUUAUAAUGAACCUGGUUAUAGUUCAUGGUAUUUAAAAAUAGACCUUGAACAGAUAUGGAGGUUUCAAGAAUCGUUACCAAUAAUUUUAGGAUAUUGUGGAUGUCAUCAAAAAUUAAGAGCCCAAUAUUCAAUAUGUAUUAUUGAUGAUGAAGAGAACAAACGGUUUCAACAAAAAGGAACUAAAAUUUUGAAAAAUUGGGAAGAAUUUAGUAUUUCAGAGUUCGUUGAUGUAACUAAGCUAUGGUUCGAAAGAGAUACAUUAUUACCUGAUGAUACAUUAACAAUAUCCCUUAAAAUUACCGAUUUUAUUGUACGCUCUAACACUAGUCUACCCAUCACUAAAUUUCGAUUCAAAAAACCGAAACAAACUGCCGACAGAUUGGUAGCUUUUUUUCAUAGUAAAGAAGAUAGUGAUGUUGUCCUAGUUGUUGGUGAUGAAAGAAUUCCAGCCCACAAAAUUUUGCUGAUGAGUCAAAGCCCUGUAUUUUCUACAAUGUUUACACAAAAUCUAAAUGAUAACAGAGAAAAUGAAGUAGACAUUCCUGAUAUGGAACCUGAUACAUGCAAGAAACUAUUAGAAUUUAUUUAUACAGACACUGUGACUGAUCUUGAUAAAGUUUCCGAACGUUUAUACGAAGUGGCAGAUAAAUAUCAGUUACCAGCUCUUAAAGAGUUAUGUGAAGAAUCAUUUUGUAAAAGUGUAAGUGUUGAAAAUGCCGUUAAAUAUCUAGUUUUACUUGAUCUUCACAAUGCUGAUGAAGAAGUUCUGAAUUGUGUAGUAGAUUUUAUUGCAAUCAAUUCAAAGAUUAUUACUGGAACUGAAGAAUAUAAAGCAUUACUAAACACUAAUCCAGCAUUAUUGUUGACUGUAUUAACGAAAAUUUGCAGUAUUAAAUGAAAAAAAGAUCAACAUUUUGGUGAUUCAAUACCGCAACAAAAACGGGAAUUUAUUUAAUAUCUUAUUAUCAGUUAUAAUUCGUUAUUUUGACCUUAACUUAAAUUUAAUUUUUCUUUUUUAUAAUCACUCUCAUUUUGAUAAUAUCAUUGACAAUGAUUAUAUCAAUUAUACUAAUACAUUUAUUAACUUCUGCUAGUUCAUGCUUAUAAAAGCGUGUUUUAAAAAAAAAUGAUUAUUUUGUAUUCUUAAUUUUUCAAUAAAUACUCAUACUUAAAAAAUAAAUCAUAACUACGGAUAAAUUUGAAUAAAGAACAAGUUCCUCAAUAGUUUUGCUUAUGAUGGAUGUGAAAGGAAACAAAAACUGGACCCCGUGUUACAUAAAUAUCAAUUGAUUCACAUAUCGCUAGCAUAAAUGAAUUCAAACACAUUAUAAGAAAAACAAUUGCACCUAUAUAGUCUUUUUAACUUUCUGCACGUGCAUAUUUUUAGUUUUCACUUUUUGUAUGAAUUGAUUUGUUAUAAA